GUAUAUUCAAUAUCGUUAUCAUCAGUGAAUGUGACCAGACAUAAUAUUUGUCCAGAGUAGAAGAGUGAAAUCUGUGAGUUUUGUCGAUAAUGACGACCUUAAUUCAGAAAGUUGGCAGACUAGCUGUGAAGACCUUCCGGCGAGAGCCCAAGCUGUCAGCAACAGCUUUCAAUGCUCACUAUGAACAGCUGUACAACCUCUUAAACACCGUUACCACCCAAGAUCUUAACCUAGACCAUCAACUCCUCUAUGAUCGAGGAACUUUCAAUGCUAGUAGAGAUGGAGCACCAGUUACUUACAUGCAGUUGUACGAGGACAGCGAUGUUACAAUUUGUGUGUUUAUCCUGAAGCGAGGAGUGCGCUUACCACUUCAUGAUCACCCAGGAAUGUAUGGUCUCUUAAAGGUGGUUUAUGGAGCUGUAUCAGUUCAGAGCUACAGUUUCAUUGAUACAGCUGUUGAAGGAAAACAGAGUGGACUGAUGGGCAGUCGACCUCUCCCAGGUGUUUUUCCUGCAAAUAAACACCAGCAGCUUAAAGUUUGUGCAAGUGAUCCUGCUUGUCACCUUUGCCCUGGUGAGCAAAAUAUACAUGAAAUCUAUUCUCUAGAUGGACCAGCAGCAUUUCUUGAUGUACUGUCACCACCCUAUGGACCUGACGAGCGCCUUGGUAUGGAGCGUGAUUGUCACUAUUAUCAGGAGAUAGACAGUAGCUGGACAGCUCCACAGUUAUCAGAUGGCAAUCGUGUUUUGCUUGUCAGCAUACCUACACCUAGUGAUUUUUGGUGUGAUCAAACAGAUUAUCAGGGGCCCACAAUCGGUGAGGAUGGUGAUGAACAUGGUUCUUAAAGGAUCAUGUAGCCUUGAAUACCUCAUAAGUUUUAUUCUUAGCAUAUUGACCAAAUUGUUUGCAAUUAACCAUGAAUGGGUUUAAUUGUUUAUAUUGUAGAAUUCAUAGUCUUAUUCUGAAUGUUUGGAUAGGGAUUAUGGAUUUACCAAGACAUUACUGCUACCAUAUGUCCAUUACUUAGUGUUUGAUGCAAGUGGAUUUGCUAUGAUUUUUCAUCUUUGUAAAUAUUGCGGCCUUCUGUGUUUAUUCUUACACACUGAAAUUAUACUUGCUUAAAGCCACAUGAACUGGGAGUGGGCAAACACAAAGAGAUUUUAUGUGCACACAUAAUUCACAUGUUAUCAGGUCUCUUAUUACAGAUAUAUUCUUUUGGUCAUGAGUGUUGGGCUAAUGAAUAAGCCAGACAGUGAUCACAUAAAUUUCAAAAUAUUAUCUAAAGAAAUAAAUUGAUUUGAUAUUGGUUAGUAAUUUUAAAGAAUGACACUACAGAGAUCUUGGUAAUACCAUUAAAGCUAGUCAGCUAGGCAGUGUUUGUGUUGACUGAAUUGAUUGUGCAUCCACACCAAUGAUUACAUUCAUGUUAUCUUUUGUGGAUUGUUCUUAAAUGUAUUCUUUUGACAAGUAAUCUUUCCAGAAUUAAAUUGAAGUAUGUACCUACUUUUGCCACUUAUAACAUGAUUUUUGUUUCCUCUAUAUUUUUUUUUUUUUUUUUUUUUUUUUUUUUUUUACCAUUUUUUUACUUUUCUGAAUUGCAAGAAUAGCAACUAUUAAGUGUGAAAAGACAGAAUUACUGUAAUUUUUCAACACAAUAAAUAACUGUAGUUGUCAUUAUCUUUUGUGCAAUAUACUAUUAAGUUUGCUAUUACAGAAUUAAUACAUGACCUAGAAGAAUUCCCAAAGUCAGAUUGACAUUAAUGCCUUCAUUUAUUAUCACUUUUUCUAAGACAUUACUGUAUAAGAUUUUCAAUCUGCAGAUUGUGAAAUGUGAAACUUUCUUGUAUAUACAGUACUAAUACUCUUUUUUUACCAAAGUUCAGAUUGUCAUAUCCUUUACUGAAGGCAGUUCUUUCAAUUCUUUGGCUAAAUUUUUUUUUUUUUUUUUCAACAAGUCGGCCGUCUCCCACCGAGGCAGGGUAAAUAUUUAGGUAAAUCAUAGACAAAUUAUUAUUAGAGUCAAAGUUUAUUUUUAUUUUUAUUAUCACACCGGCCGAUUCCCACCAAGGCAGGGUGGCCCGAAAAAGAAAAACUUUCACCAUCAUUCACUCCAUCACUGUCUUGCCAGAAGGGUGCUUUACACUACAGUUUUUAAACUGCAACAUUAACACCCCUCCUUCAGAGUGCAGGCACUGUACUUCCCAUCUCCAGGACUCAAGUCCGGCCUGCCGGUUUCCCUGAAUCCCUUCAUAAAUGUUACUUUGCUCACACUCCAACAGCACGUCAAGUAUUAAAAACCAUUUGUCUCCAUUCACUCCUAUCAAACACGCUCAAGCAUGCCUGCUGGAAGUCCAAGCCCCUCGCACACAAAACCUCC